GGAAAUAUGCUGAUAUCUAAAGGGCGAUAACUUUUUAAACAUGGAUGACAUAAUACCAGGAAUGCGGAAAUAGAAUCAAAGCUGCUUCAAUACGUCAGAGGAAGGGCGGAAGUUGCUUUAGUCGUACAGAGAAGUCAGCAUAUCAUAGAAGGAUAGAAUAAGAUUCUCACCAUGUCCAGAAGCUACAAUCCCUUUGAUGAGGAUGAGGAUGAUAACUUUAAGCCGGUGAAGUGGAACGAUGACGCUGACCCUUAUGAAGACCCAGAAGAAAGAAGACGCAGGGAAGCAGCUGACAAGCAGAGGUCUUUGCAGCAAGAGGUCAUGAAGAAGGCACAGUCCAUGGUUGACAGCAGUAAUAGGUCUUUGUCACUAGUCUAUAAUUCUGAGAAGAUUGGGGUGGACACUGCAGAGGAACUUGUCCGACAGGGAGAGGCUUUGAAACGGACUGAGAAGAUGGUGGAUAAUAUGGAACAGGACAUGAAGACAAGCCAGAAACACAUUAACAGUAUAAAGAGUAUGUUUAGUGGCUUCACAAACUACUUUAGGUCAAAACCAGCUGAAACACCCCCUGAGAAUGGAACGUCCGAAUAUAAAACAAGUACAAAACUAGCAGAAGCCUUGUCAAGCAGCAAAGUGCAGGAAGAGAACUAUCAAGCUGCACAUCCUAACCUGGUUAAGAGAGAAACUUUAGAGUCAAGAAAUGAUAUGGGAGCAUCCAGCUCAGGAUAUCAACACAAGAACCAGGUGCUAAGAAAUUAUCACCAGAAAGUCGACAAUAACUUGGAUGACAUGUCUUUAGGUUUGGGUCGACUGAAAAACCUUGCGUUAGGACUGCAGACAGAAAUCGAUGAACAGGAUGAUAUUCUUGGGCGCCUGACUGGCAAAGUAGAUAAGAUGGACUUAAACAUCAAGGCCACAGAUAAGCGGAUCCGUGAAGAGCUAUAAGGGACAAAUUUCAUCAACAUCAAGACCCCUCCCUUCAGUUUUAUUCUUGUGGUUUUUAUAAUGUUAUGCAGCUUUCUUUUUUUCUAUACUGUGACCCAAGCCCACACAUCCCUCUUGGAAUCGUAUAUGUUCUGUAUAACAAUACAUUCAAUUUGUUCGAUUUAAAUGAUGUUUUGCAUUAUUAUUAAUAAAUAGACCCGUAUUUAGAUUUAACAAUUGAUAGUCUUGAUAUUGGAAUUGUAGUUGGAAAUGUAGUGCUUGGCACUUUAUUAUAGCUCUGUAUCUAAAGUCAGUAUUUGAGUUUGUUUGGUAGGUUAUUGCCUUACUGCUAUAUAAUUGGAUAAACAAAUGCACAUGCCUUUAUUGAAAUGUCAAUAUUUUACACAUGCUCAUACUGUAAGGUUCUCUUGAGUCCUGCCAGACACCCCUUCCCUAUUUACCUUGUCAAUGAAACUUUAUUUUAAUCUAGCAUUCUCAAAGCUUGUGUAUAGAUAUAUUUAUAAAUACAUGUGAUGCUCCUCUAGACCAUACUGUGAAUAUUUUAGCAAUCUGCUUGUUGAUUUAAGAAAACCCUAAUAAUCUUUGCCAUUAUAAAUUUAAUUAACUUGUUUAAUACAUUUUAACUGCUUUCCGAUUUUGCGCAUUUGCCUUCUGGUGAAUUUGAGUCUACCCUAUUCAAUAGACUGAUAAUUAAAUGGGCGAACAACUUGUUCUCUGCCUGUUUGCUCAGUAAUGGCUUUAAAGUAGUAAAUAUAAACAUAUGAAUAUAAACAUUUGACAGAACUGGCACUUGUUUAUUUAAGUAACUGUGACAGCAUAAAAUAAAACAUAACCUGUUCUUCAACCUA